CGCGGAGACAACUCUGGGAUUCUUGUGGGAUAACGAAAAAGACAACUAUUCCACUUUCUUCUUCGAAGGCCGUACUUUUCACGCUUAUUGCUGCGUGACAGGUGUUUUGUACGAAUAGAAUAAAAGACGCAGCACGCGCGUCUGUUUCGGAAAACAUGUUAGGAACACGUUAAUUGCAAAAAAACAGUUGUUACACGUGCAGUCGUGAAGUGUCAUCUUAAAGGAGGGCGCGUCGCGCUGUGAUAUAGCACGAACUUAAUUAUGCAAUAACUUUAUAAUCUACGGAAAACAUUAAACAACUGCAUUUUAUUUGCAUUUAUCAGAGAGAUUAGAGAUAACUCGUCAAUUUAUAUAUUCGCUCGAUACCUUUUCAUUAUCAGUUUGGCUUUUCGUGAGUGCGGUACCACCUGAGCAUUCUUCCUCGUUACGUAAGAAGAGAUAUCGUUUCAAGUGCGUGAAAAAGUCAACUCAGUCAUUCUUAGUGUCUCGUUCGUGACGAGAGAAUAAAAUCUCAUAAGAUGUAUGAGAAACUUUGCUUCUUUAUUUUGGCGAUAUGUGCGGUAGAAGGCAUACCAUCAAAUAUACUAAAACUAAAAUGCGAUAUUGAAAUGUCAGAAAAAUUGGAAACGUGUUACGCAGAUAACAAUAAUCCUUAUCCCUUUACCGGCGUUAAAACAGCGUAUGAUUUCGUUCACAGUAAUAUCACAAAGCGUAUCGUUUUAGAGAAUUGCAAACCGCAGCAGAUUUGGAUGCUCGUCAGACAUGGCACUCGAUACCCAAAUGAGAAAGGAAUCAAUCAGAUGUUGAACCUGACGCACUUCCGAGAUUUUGUUAUUAGCAAUCACGAAAAUCACAGACGCGGGCAUUUGUGCGAGAAAGAUUUAGAGAAUCUCAAGAACUGGAAGCCCGAUCCCGGACUCCACCCAAAUAGGGCGAAGGGCCUGUCGUCACAAGGUAAAAAGGACUUGGAAAUGCUGGGCCAAAGACUCAAAAAGGAGUUCCCGCAGCUUUUCGGCACGUGCGAGUCGCAUCAUUGUAAGUUCAGGUCAACGGACACGCAGCGCACCGUCGAUAGCAUGAACUCGUUUGUAAAAGGAGCUUUUAGCAGCACGUUCACUCCUAAUCCAGAAAUAGUGCCGAGCGUCAAUGAUACUUUGCUGAAGAUAUACGAUAAUUGCAAGCCAUGGGAGGAAAUGAAGGUUACUCAGGAAAUGACUAAAUGGAUUAAUGGUCCGACAAUGACAGAAGUCCUUGCCAAUGUUAGUGAACGAUUAGGCUUGACGUAUAAACUUAACUUCGACGAUGCAUUUUUGAUCUACGACGCGUGUCGAUACCAGAGAGCUUGGUACCCGGAGCAAAGAUCGCCCUGGUGCGCCGCGUUCACCGACGACGACAUACGAGUGCUCGAAUACGAGGAGGAUCUUUAUCACUAUUAUCGCGUUGGUCCGGGAGUGAGCGUCAACAGCGAGCUCGGAUGCCACCCUCUUCGAGACAUGUUAGAUCGUUUCUCGAAAUUGGAAGAUGCGACGGAAGAAGAACCGGCGGGCGUGUUUUACUUCACGCAUUCGGAGAUGGUGAUGCUGUUCUACGCGGCGAUGAGCAUCGGCAAGGACACGCCGCCCAUCACGGCCUCGAAUUACAGAGAAAUGGGAAACAGAAGGUGGAGGUCCUCCCUGUUGACGCCGUUCGCCACAAAUUUCGCAGCUGUUUUCUACAAAUGCGAGAACAGCCUGAUUCCCUUCAAAGUCGCUUUCUACUUAGCCGAGGAGCCUUUGAAUCUCGAAGGCUGUGUGCACGGAAUCUGCGACUGGCAACGCUUGAAGAAGAAGCUGGCUCCCAUCGCGGCGAAGUGCAGCACGAAAUUUUGCGAAAAAAAAUAAUUAACUGUCGCAUUUAUUUCAACGAGAUCUUGUCUUUUUGGAUUUUUUAUGGAUUUUUAACGCAUAACAAGGUACUAAGUCCUUUGCUUUAGAAUUUUAUUUGAGCUUUUAAUUCCCUUAUUUGUACGCAAAAUAAACGAAUAAGUUAAAGAUA